UGCUGUUCCGAUCGGUGAAUACUGAGGUUACAGUCAUUCGUGCUAAUUUGAUUUUCAUAUUAAAAUGGAUUUGUCGAAGAUGUCGAACGAAAAAAAAUUACACCUUUGCAAAUGGUAUUUCCGUGGAGGUUUCGCUAUGCUGCCGUUUCUAUGGGCGGUUAACGCUGUUUGGUUUGCCAAAGAAGCUUUCACGGUUCCACAGUACGAUGAGCAAAAACAAAUUCGAAGUUACGUGAUAUUUUCUGGCCUGGGAGCUCUCCUAUGGUUCGCUGGACUCUUAGCUUGGAUCAUUACGUUUCAAACACACCGUGCUGCCUGGGGUGAAUUCGGCGACACGAUUAGCUAUAUUAUUCCUACUGGAAUUCCAUGAGAUUUAAAAUAAAUCUAGGCAAAAUAGAACAAUACCGUCAUAGGCAUUUUAUUCAUAUUAAUUUUCUGUCAAUUCUUCAGUUGUUAGAAACGUAGGUAUUAACAUGUCAGACAUAGGUAAAGAAAAAUUUUUGCAUCUUCUAAUAACGUUUGAGAGUGUCACGUUGCUCAAAGUGUAAGACAAAUUUAUUGCCUUUUUCCAUAUAUCUGUACUAUGAUUGUGACAAUUCAUCAUUAAUAUUGAUAUCUGUCAUCUGUGUUAUAGGAAAGAGGAUAAUGAAGGUAUGCAAAUUAGUUGCGAACAUUUAACAGCAUUUUAUGUGAUUAAAUGAAUUUAAACAUAUACACAUAUUUUUGUUAUCAAAGAAAUAAAAUAAUAGUAUGUCUAGAAACAAUUUUUAGGUACAUAAACAAUCGUUGUUAUUUAUUUACAAUAUAUGAUCCAUAUAUUUUGUAUAAUGAAGUAUAGGACACAAUUUGUACACCUGAGAAAAGGCGUAAUUUAAUACAUAUGUAUAUCAGCACACUUUUCGUGUUGUAUAUUUUCAUAUUUUAUUUUGCUCAUUUGACACACUUUAUGAACGUAUCACGGUGGAAAUUUAUAUGCAUAGCACCUCAGACUAAAUUCAGGCAGCCCGCCGCCGUUGCAUGCAUAAAUUUAAUUCCCUAUAGACCAGCCGUGAAAGCA